AUGAAGCGGUCUAUAGCACUCGCCCUCAUCGCUGGAGUAAUUGGAGCUGAUGCACUUCUGCCUUCUCAGAGUCCUCGCUGUCAGCUCACCUUAAUAAAGUCUACUAUUGUGGAUCAAAAAGAAGGAGAAGCAGUUGCUGAAACGAAUGAUGAAGAAUCAUCAUCCAAUAACAACAAGCCAAAGAGCCAAUCGUCGUCGGAAUAUUGGAGAAUCACCUCUUCUACAUUCCAUCCACAAACUCGACCCUUAACGUCUGAAUUGACUGAAGCUAUGGAAAUGAAUAUCCAUCCGAAAGAAUCUCAAGAAGAAUUGGGCAAAGGUUUAAGCAUUGAAUCGGACUGGCGAGAGAAUUGGUACACCUACGAAUCACCAGCAAGUGAUCCCGAUUUGAUUGAUAGUGAUACCGGGUACAGCGAGUACGAGUGCGAAGUGGAAGGAAAGCUACCAGAUGAAUUGCAAGGAACUCUCUAUCGUAAUGGACCUGGCAAAUUCGGGGUGAAUGGAGAACGAGUCCAACAUGUGCUCGAUGCCGAUGCACUGGUUUACAAAAUUGACAUACCAGCACCAGAUAGUUCAGGCCAACGAAAGGUCAAGUUCCUAUCACGCUUCGUAUCGACCCCUCAGUUCGAAGAAGAGCAAAAGGCCAAGAAGUUUCUCUAUCGUGGCACUUUUGGGACCGGGCCAUGUUUCGAAGGGUUAGACUCGAGGGAAAAGAAUGGGCUCAACACGGAUCCCUCCGAGCCUUCGGCCAUUUCUAAAUUUGUUGGUGGAGCCUUUAAUACUGAUAUCAAGAAUUCCGCAAAUACUCAGAUCAUUUCGUUUGGAGGAAAGGUGCUGGCCCUGUUUGAAGCAGGAUUACCCUUUCGUUUGGAUCCAACUACCUUGGAAGCGAUGGGAGAAGAUACCAUGGGCGGGGCAUUGAAAGCCGCAUUACCGGUCAAGCUAGGCAAAGAUUUGGAAGAAUUUGAGCCAGACUUUAUUGGUGGAUCUGCCCACACGGCACACCCACAACGAUGUCCAAAUGGCAACUUGGUCGGCUGGUCUUGGUCACAACUGCCAAUGAGUAAAAGUUUGGAGGUAACAUUCACCGAGUGGGCGGAAGAAAACUUUGACCGAUUGGCAACCUCCACCUUUGAGAUUCCAAACUGUUCCUUGGCACCACACGAUAUGGCCAUUACUGAGAAUUCCAUCAUUUUCAUGAUCAAUGCACUCGAAAUGAACCAGCUCCCAUUCUUGCUGAAUCUCAAAGGCCCCGCUGCCAGCUUGGCCAUGGAUGGUCGCAAAAACGUCAAAGCUUGGAUCUUUCCACGGCCAUCCUCCAAAAAUCAGUUUGAACCAUUUGUGGUCGACGUUCCAGCAUGUUUCUCUAUCCACUUUUCGCAUGGAUACGAAGAUGAAGAGACUGGGAACUUGGUCACCUACUUUUCCGGAUGGCCUCCAUCCGAUUCCAAAGACUUUUUGGGAGCAUGGGGUGGAUUCUGUCCCGAAUUUCGUCAAAUUCCACCAACCUUUCUCUGGAGACUCGAGAUUGAUCCAAAGGAAAAACGAACUGUCUCUCUUGACAUUGCACCAGGAUGCCAUAAUAUUUGUACAGAACACAUGCUAGUGCACCCCAAUUUCAACACCAAGAAAUGCGAGAAUGUCUAUGGAACAGUCUCCAAUGUGAUUGGUGACAGUACACCGCCCAAUGGAUACGUUCGACUGAAGGUAGAAAGCGGCAGCACUGAACAGUUGCAACCUGGAGCACCAAAUGAGGACGUCGAUGCCUAUUGGUUUGGAACACGGUAUUUUACGACCGAGCCCAUUAUUAUUCCCAAGGAUGGAAGUGAUCCCAAUGACGAAGAUGCAGCAUUCCUCUUGGGCGUGGUGCGGGACGCGGCCAAGCAAAAGAACUUCCUGGCUGUGUUCGAUUUGGAGAAAGACUUGAAGGAAGGUCCCGUUGCCAAAAUUUGGAUGCGAUCUGGUGUUCCACACGGAAUCCACGGGUGCUUUGCCAAGGACAGCAAAGGAGGGUCGUCCGUUUUCUGUUAG